AGUACAUGUAAGUUAGUAAUUCUGAAUGAUUUUCAGAGAAUGAAAUUUUCCAUGCUAUGAGAAUUUUGGGAUUGGUUAUCAAAAGUGUCAGACAUAAAUGGUUGCUAGUCUUUUCACCCAUACUGUUUUUUCACCUGACAGUGGCUGCCUCUUCGGUUAUGCUUAAAUGAUAUUUAGUGCCAGAUCUGUGCACUAUGUGAUUGCCUAAAAGAUAGGCCUGCUUGGGCACGUGAUCACAUUCCUGUUGAAUUAGCAGAGCAAGCAAUGCUAAGUUCAUACUGGAUUUAUGAUUUUGGCUGGCUGUGCGAGAAUAGACAAUAGCCUCUCGAGUGUAAAGCUUUGCAAGUGCAAAGAUAUUCCAUCAAAAUGUCUGGAACAAAUUUGAUCUGACAGAGUGAUUUUUAUACUAGAUCAGUGCUUUGUGUCCUGUUACUGUGACAUUAUGUGGAUUUUUUCUGCCACAGAACAAAUAUCAAACUUGAUUUUUUCAAUUAGGGAGCAAGGGCCGUAUUCACUGCUUGAAAAUGAGAUUUGCAGAGGUCUGGAAGCUGAUACAGAGAUGUCUUAAGCAGCUCUUAACAAACAAAGCAGUUGAAUGUCCAGUUCUGAAAGGAGUGACUGGAUGUCUUGGAGCUUGAUUACACCCCAUUCCAUGUACCAAACUUUCUUACCAUGUGUUGAGUGUCGCAACUCACCCAGAAGGCUUUUAUGGAUGGUAUUCAGCCCAGCCUGUUAAUAGGCUUGUCUCAACGUUUUGGAUAACUUUGGCAAAUACAACUUCCUUCCUAGACUGACCCGACCUGGAUUCCCACCAUGCACAACAGCACUGCCGAAAUUCCACAUGUGGCUGUGACGCGUAACGAGACUUGGCCCAGCCAGUCACCGAGCUCCGAGUUCUCCCUGGGUGUGUUGGUGCUGCUGGCUUUCCUCAUGGUGUUGCUGUGUCUGGUGACCAUCCUUGGAAACAUGCUGGUGAUCCUUGCUUUCAUUAUGGACAGAAACCUCAGGCAUCGGAGUAACUAUUUCUUUCUGAAUCUUGCUGUUUCUGACUUUGCAGUGGGUGUGUUCUGCAUGCCCCUCUACAUCCCUUACAGCCUGACAGGAAAAUGGUACUUGGGAAGAGGCAUCUGCAAGCUCUGGCUGGUCAUGGACUAUCUCCUCUGCACAGCUUCAGUAUUUAACAUUGUUCUUAUCAGCUAUGACCGUUUCCUGUCGGUUACAAAAGCUGUAUCUUACAGAGCCCAGCAGGGAAUAACGUCCAACCCUGCCAAUGAGAUGAUGGCCAUCUGGCUAUUUGCCUUCCUCCUGUACUGCCCAGCCAUCCUGUUUUGGGAGCACGUGGCCGGACACAGCGUGGUAGCGGUGGAUCAGUGCUACGCCGAGUUCUUCAACAAUUGGUACUUCCUCCUGUGUGCAUCCACCCUGGAGUUCUUUGUGCCGCUGCUCUUGGUGACCUACUUCAACCUGCACAUCUUCCACAACAUCCAGCGGCGCCAGCGGCGUGGCAGCGUGCAGGACUGUGAGUCUCCCAGGAGCAGCAGCCUGUCCUGGAGGUUUUGUGGCUUGCCAAGGCCAGGGGCAUCAUCUCCUUCAUCAGAAGCAGAGGACAGUGUUUCUUCUUCCAUGAGACCAAAGAAAGAGUCUUCAGGAACUGACGGCUCAUCUCCAUCCAGAGACAAUUCUGUCACCCCAGGAAAAGACUUUUCUGUUUCCUUCUGUGCAAAGACCCAAUCAAAACUGCAACGGGACAAGAAAAUAGCAAAGUCUCUUGCCAUAAUUGUCUGUGUGUUUGCCAUUUGCUGGGCCCCAUACUCUUUAUUAAUGAUUAUCCGUGGGGCCUGCCAAGGAACUUGUGUCCAUAACUUCCUGUAUGAAGCAACCUUUUGGCUUUUGUGGAUCAAUUCUUCUUUGAACCCAUUUCUUUACCCUCUCUGUCAUGUUAAAUUUAGAAUGGCUUUUCUGAAAAUACUGUGUCACAAAAAGUUUGCAACAUUGAGAUCAGGUUCUUUUUAGAAGGAAAAUGAAAAACAAAGUCCAAGAGGAGCUGGAUGAGGGUUGUAAGCAGCCACUGUUUGAAAUUAGAUUUAGUCUUUUCCAGGGGAUUAAACUAGUUGGAAAAUCUAAAUAAGCCUUCUAUGAAAUGUCCUCCUGCACACAAAUGUUCAUGACCAAGGUUUGUGUGCUUUUCCCACAUAUUUGAAUUGGUCAGUUAAAGGCUAUUGCCUUUGCCUGACUUUUCCUAGUUGUCUAUCCACAUUAUCUUAAUUCUGAUUGCUGAGAAUGUUGUCUUCAGUUGCAGUACCUCUUAUAUUUGUGUUCACAGGUGAUAUUAGUUAAAGAUACAAUAAAGUUGCAUAUUACCCAUAGGGUCAAUAGUAUUCUAAAGCUCCUAUCUUCUCUGCUCUCUUUUGAACAAUUUGCAUUCAGAACCUGAUUUUUGCCUAUAUGAAACACCCAAUGAAGUUAUGAUUUUUGUUGCCGGGCACAUAGCAGGAUUACUUCCUUUCACUAAAGGUUUUUGACCAUCAGAAGCAAAUAGGAGCUACUUUCAGAAACUUGGAUGUAUGUGUUCUCUGCAGAAGGGCAUCACUCGCUAUAUUUGCUCAGACGCAGCAGUAGAGAAUUCAGGUGUGUAAAGCAUUUAUGUGGAUGUUCAAUUAUUCUGCAAGAAACCAGCCUUCUUUAGAUGUAGUUUUGAGAGAUCAUAGAAAGAGAAGUAU